AGAAAUCCGGUGGAGCUUUCCCAAACAAAUACGUUAAGCUGCGAUGGAUGGGCUCUAGUGUUUUCCAUUGUUGAAGUGUGUGAAGAGGCUGCUGAUGCCAGCAGUGUGUUCAGCAGCACCGCGCAAACCCCCUCCGGAACCCUCAGACAAAUCACCUGGUGAGUAAGGAGCCAUUCUUGGCUGAUGAAGGACAAGGGCACACGAUUUGUGUGCCAUCACAAGUGGUCAUCAGAAAUGUUAGCAGUCAGUCGAAGGGUAUAUUACAGAAUCCUUUAUAAUAAAGUCGAACACAAUCUGCUGGACGCUGCUUGACCUCCAAUUUGAUUUUAACCCGCAACUCCCUGUACUCGCCCAAAACGUUGACGUGUGACGGACACUGCGGCCAACUUGCAUGGUGGGGAUUCGUGCUUGUGCUUAGAACGCAAGUCGUGUCAUAUUAGGGCUGCGGGUGUCGAAUUUUUAUAAUCAAGUAUUAAUUUUCCCAUUGAUUCAUCGGGAAGUUGGUUAAAAAAUGGUUUUUGUAUUCGCAAUAAAAUGUGUAUGUGCUGUGUAGGUAUCACUGUUAUCCACUUGGGGGCGCCAUUCUCUCCUUCCAGACUAAUAUUUGUGAAGUUGAGUGUGUGUGUGGCUUUAGAAGGUGCGGACGGGUCCAUAGAGUGGCACGUGCGUCAGCAAAUGAGAGUGCAGAGUUGGCUGUUGUGAUCUCGGCUUUGAUUCCAAGUUCCAGCAUUUUCAUCAGCAAUCAUGACACGCAAAAGUAAUGCAGAUUUUCACUAAAAAAUUGAUUGAUAAUGGACAAAAUAAAGUCUGACGUUGGAUUUUACCGUUUCAGCAGAGGCCUGUGCUGUACUCGUAGCUAUUCCACUUUCUUUACUGUUUUGAUUUUAUUCGUCGUCAUUUAACAUUUCACAAAUUUUGUUUUUGACGACUCCCCAAAACCCUUUUUUAAAAAUUCACUCUAUUUUUAAUGUCAAUCGCAAUAGUGAGAGUGACAGCCCCACUCGUAGCUCCUUCAAGAAUGCUCAUUUGAACGGGGGUCGUGCGUUUCGACAUCAUCCCUGAUGCUUGAUUUGUGUGCACUAAUCCGCCAUCUGCUGUAUUUAACGUUAAAAAAAACCCCGCUCAGGUUAAAUGCAGCGACGUGCGACGACAAACAUGGCGCAUGUGUGCUCUCUUUCUUGACACACUCCCUAAUGGUGGGCGUUCGGUCCUCAGCUUGACGAAGACAAACACCCUUGCCAAGCAACCUGUUGUUUCAGAGGGAUCGAGCUCGGGACACUGUGGUGAAUACUUCUCAUCUGCAUGCAGCGGGUGUGUGGAGCGCUAUUUGAAGCCAUUAUUGCAAAAGUGCACCCACCCUGUUUUUCCUUUUUUGUACUAAUAGUGGCAAUUCUCAAGAAGAUCUCAUUUCAAAGCUCAUAUGUUUACCUCGUGCGUGUUGGUCCUUUUUACUUCUCUAUAUUUACACACACAAAAGGCUUCUUAUUCUCUUUUUAUGUCCUUGUCAGGUUGCCCGAGAUCAAUGCUGAAAUAUUCAUCCGUGGUGUUUGAUUGCGCAGAGAUUGCACAUCUAAAAAAAGACCCUUUGAUUUUGUGGCGCAGUUGAAACAUGGGCUCAUUUUAAUAUGGAGAUAAAUGAGAGAAUCUCUCUUUACUUUGUCUUUUUUCCACUACUAGACAAAUCGUAAAGCACAUUUCAUUCUUUUUUUUUCCACCCAAUUUACGGUGUUUUAAUUAGAUGCUUGCGUAAAUUGCCUGGUUUGAUCCUUGCGUUUACUAUACUUGGAUUGGUGAAUUUCAGACCUCUUAAGAUGUUCACAUUUUGAACUGUAUUGACUGUUUAUAUACCAAACAAGGCGUUGGGGACCUCCUGUAGGUCCCCACUUGGCUGAAACCAAGCAAGGAGCACCGAGUGAGGAACUCAGAAGUUGUCGUAGAAAAAAUAAAAUAACCCUGCUCGGUUUGACAUUUGGAUAAAGACACUGGCACGAUUCACAUGCGAAUGGCUCAUGUAGCUCAAGCUGCCAUGAGGUAAGCCCCUGCCGCUCCCUCUCCACCCACCCAGCGUGUCCGUGGGCAGGAUGACCGCCGUCUGCCCCUCAGAGAGCAGCCCGGAGGGGUCCGAAGCAGGGGCCGGAGCCACGGGGCGCAGCUCCGUUUCCGGGGUCGACACCGGGGAGUCAGUAGAAGAUUCUGCCGGUUCAGCGGUCGAUACCCACGGGCAGAAGUACACGCGCUACAGCAACCAGGACAGCUCCGACAUCAACACGGACGACGAAGGCGCCGCCGUCCGCCGCCUUACUCCGCUGGAGAGACUCAACCUGGAUAUGUGCCAAGAUGAGAGGGUGGUCCGUGAACUCACAGUGGGCAGAAGAAUCAGCUUCUACAAAAUUCGAGGAGAGAUCGGCUGUGGAAAUUUUUCCCAUGUCAAGCUGGGAAUCCAUGCACUCACGAAAGACAAAGUGGCCAUCAAGAUCCUUGACAAAACCAAGCUGGAUCAAAAGACCCAGCGUCUGUUGUCCAGAGAAAUCUCCAGCAUGGAGAAACUACAUCAUCCGAACAUCAUACGCCUCUACGAGGUGGUGGAGACUUUGUCACGGUUACACCUCGUAUUGGAGUACGCUGGUGGUGGGGAGCUCUACAGCAAAAUCACGAGUGAAGGGAAACUUUCUGACGCCGACAGCAAAAUUGUCUUUGCUCAAAUUCUGUCUGCCGUUAAACACAUGCAUGAAAACAACAUAAUUCACCGCGACCUGAAGGCAGAAAACGUCUUCUACACCAGCAGCUCUUGCGUCAAGGUCGGCGACUUUGGCUUCAGCACGAUGAGCCGGCGUGACGAAAUGCUCAACACUUUCUGCGGCUCCCCGCCUUACGCUGCCCCCGAGCUCUUCCGGGAUGAAAACUACGUGGGUGUCUUUGUGGACAUCUGGGCCCUGGGAGUGAUGCUGUUCUUCAUGGUGACGGGCACCAUGCCGUUCAGGGCGGACACUGUGGCUAAACUGAAGCGGUGCAUCCUGGAAGGCGCCUUCACGCUGCCUUCCUGGCUGCCGGACUCAUGCCAGAAACUGAUCCGGGCCAUCCUGCAACCCUUACCGGCUGACCGCUGCUCCGUAGAACAGGUGAUGGGCAGCGACUGGAUGCAUCAUGUUGACUUCCCGCGGCCCAUGGAACCCUUCAAGCUGGAACCGUCUCACCUCGCAGAGAACGAUCCAUCCGAGUUGGGGCUGGAGGAGAUGGAAGUAGUUACAGCACUAGGGGCACUUGGCAUCACCUCAGAACACAUCCUGAACAACCAAGGAAAGGACUGCAGGAGUUCCAUCACGGGAGUGUAUCGAAUCCUGCUGCACGGCGCUCACAGGAGACGCGCUCUCGAGAGCAUACCGACGGUCACGCAGGCAGCUGGACCAAAAGCGACGAAAAAGGAGCGUCUAAAGGUGUACCGCAGUUUACGGCACACAUCCAAACUCUGUAUGAUCCUGUGACAUGAAGCUCGAUGAAAUUUUAUAUUCAGUACUGUCCACAUUUGGCGGGAUGCAUUUUGGUUAGAAAAAAAAAACAUGUCCGGCAGUUUGGCCAGUCCGUUAAAAUUAUAGUUCAAAAUGGAAUCUGGGAUUUCUUAUUUUCAUAUCUUUCAUUUAGCUGGUGAAAUUUAUCUCUGUGAGAAUGUGGAAUUAACUACCUCUUUUUUUUUUUUUACACAGACGAUCUAAUCCACAAGAUUUGAAAAGAAUGAUGUCCUCAAAGAUUUCGGUUCAUUUUGAAUGGGUGAAUGUAGCUGACUCUUGACUUUUGGCACGAUGGAGCACAAAACAUCCCGUAGGAAUAAUCAAAUCGCUGUAGAGUGUGCAAAGGCUUGCAUGCACAUACGCGUGUUGACUUCAGGAUAAGCUUUUCCUUUGCAAUGUCUUUAUAGACGCUUCAUUGCCAUCAUGCCUGAUGUAUCUCUAUGAGAUGAUCCACAGGUUUGGAAAAGCCAAUAAAUUACUUUUAAUCUG